GUGGGGAGGGAGGCACAUUUAGGUAGACCUUCCAGGCCAGAGCUCUCUGUGGCGCAAUCAUGGCAGAACAUGGCCUCGUCUCCCCAACGACAUCUAAAACAAUAAACCAAGAUCUCCCGCGCGCUUUCUCCUCUCCAUAUAUAUCCAUCAAGCUCCCCAGCCGUAAGCUAAAGCAGGGUAGCAGCAGCUGGCUUGUAGUAGUACCUCCCACAGCUCAGCAUUGCAGUUCCCAUGGCCUCCUCCACUUGUCCCAGAGCCCACUUGGCCAUUGCCCUCUUCGUCACCGGGCUCCUCUUCUCCAGCAAUGCCAUCACCGUCGUGGACGCGUACCCGCGCAAUGGCGGCGGCGGCGGGGACCUGAGGCCCCAGUUCCUGUACCCGCAGAACGCGGCGCGGGCGGCGAUGGGGCUGCCGCCGCUGCGGUGGGACGAGGGGGUGGCGUCGUACGCGCGGUCGUACGCCGAGUCCAGGCGCGGCGACUGCGCGCUGGUGCACUCGUCGGGGCCCUACGGGGAGAACCUCUUCUGGGGCAGCGGCGGCGACGGCGGCUGGACGCCGGCGCAGGCCGUGGGGGCCUGGCUGGCUGAGCGGCCACGGUACGACUACUGGAGCAACCGCUGCUCUGGAGGCAUGUGCGGCCACUACACGCAGAUCGUGUGGCGCGGGAGCACCAGGGUUGGCUGCGCCAUGGUCAACUGCUACAACGGCAGGGGCACCUUCAUCACCUGUAACUACGACCCGCCCGGUAACUACGUCGGCAUGCGGCCUUACUGACCGGGCCGGCCGGAGCUGCUGCUGCUGAUAAAAUAAUCCAUCCUUUGCUGCCGAAGGUGACUAGCUAGCUGCAGCCACUCCAUUGAUCGAAUCUCUUCACUACAGCUUGGCUAUUAUUGCCGGCCGCCGGCGCCAAGGCUGUCCCAUUCAUUGUUGUUGCUGCUCAUCAUGGAUUCAAGAUGAAUCGAUGGUGACGCUGGCUACGAGUGUACAAAAUAUUAUUCUUUUUACUGCUACUUCCACAUUUGUUGCUUCCCUUUCUUCCUUUCUUGUCCUGCAAAAAUCAAUAUAUACAUACACGUACUACAAUGGAUUGAGGAAAUGCGAGUAUAAUUAAUUAA